AAACAACUUGGUAACUAAGCAAGCCAAAUGUAAAGAAAAGAAAAAGGUCUGUGGAUUUAUAGAGCAGUGAUAUCUAUUUAUAUUAUCGCCAUUAGAGACAAGAUUUAAAACUUGAAAAUUAUUUCUAGACGAUCAGUGUAUUAACAAAUACGAUAUUAAGUCGGACAUUGUGAUAUAAAACUUUUUAGAGGAUCACAAAUUUUCUUUUUAUAAUCUCACAAAAUUUUCCAGACAAGUUUUGACAGAGUUUGGUUUGAACUUUAUCUCAGCAACCGCAAUGGCUGACGCAUCAGAAACAGAAUCCAAAACAAUCAAUGGGGAACAAUCCACGGAGCAGACCAUGGAAAAUUCCGAACAGCAAGCAGCAGAAGCAUCUACGGAAAAUGGCGAACAAUCCACGGAACAAACUGAAGAGGCACCUGUUCAACAAACCGAUGAAAAUCCAGAUGCUGUUCCAACGGAAGAAAGUACCGAACAGACGGAAGGUGAAAAUAACGAGACAGAAGUAACCGAUGAACAGGCAGAGGUGACGGAAACAACGGAAGUAACCGAAGAGCAAAACAAAACAACCGAAGAACAGACGGAAGUUACUCAAGAGGUGACUGAGGUUACUGAAGAGACGAUGGAAGCAACUGAAGACCAAGCAGCGGCUACUGAACCACAAACGGAAACUACAGAAGAGCAAACAACAGAAGCCGAACCAGAAGUUAAUGGCGAAACAGAGGAAGUUAAACAAGAAGAAGAGGAGUCCACAGAGCCACCUGCAGAGGAAGAGGUUGAACCAGAAGUCGAAGCGGAACAAGAAGAAGUUGUAGCUAAUGGCGACGACGCUCCAGCGGAUUUGAAUCUUUCUGAAGAACAAGUAGAAAAAUUAAGAAAGACAUUUGAAAUAUAUGCAAACAACGACGAAGUAGAUUACCGUGGAUUCAAAAAAUUAAUCCGAUGUUUUGGUCUGAAUCCUGUAGAUGAUGAACUACGACAGAUGUAUGAAAGUGCUGAUAAAAAUAGUGAUGGGAAUAUUUGCUUUAAUGAAUUUUGUCGACUUGUUUUGGCUCAUAAACAGCCCGAUGAGGUGAUAAAAGAAGAAAUAUUAAAUUGUUUGGAUCGAAUCUUCCCUGAAGAACAGCACGAGAUUGAACUUACCAAGGUUAUUCAGAUUAUGUCUAAGUUAGAUCGACAAGCCAGUGAUCUCAGCCAAUCAGAUGUCAUUAGAUUUUGUGAAGAAAUGGACAUUAAUCAGAAUGGUAAAAUAGACAGGGCAGAAUUUGUGAGUUCUCUGUGUGGUAGUGGUAUUUCGUUAUAAAUCAUAAUCCUCUUGAAAUCAGAUCAACGCAACUCAACGAUUUAAGUGCCAACAGUCGCAAUCAGGUCAUCAUGUACUUCCGAUUAUAGGUCUUACUUGUAACUCAGUUAUUCUCUUUCAUAAUGACAUAUACGGUAUCGUCGAUCACAACUGGCAGUAAGUCGUCUGUAUUGGUCGUUGCUAUUCAAACACUUUAUGAAACUAAUUCAAAUCGAACGAAAUCGUCUUGAUUUUUAAAAAAAUGCCAAUUUGGGUACAUUUUUAAUAAGAUUUUUGUUUUUAUUAAGUUCGUUAUUUAUAGAUACAAAAGAAAAAAAAAGAAAGCUAAAUAAUUUUUGGGUAUCCGAUAUAAACACUGAACCUUAAUAUAGUAUGUGUUGUGAUUGUACAAAUUAAAUUACUUUGUUUCACUGCAAGAAAACUCUUUCUUUUGAAAAAAAUGUUUCAUGAUCCAGCACGCGCUUCUGUUCCGGUUUACAUGUGAGUGAAGCCUAAUCCCUACCUUGAUCAUGCGUUGUUUUGAUUGACAGCAUUGUGUGAAUCUGACAUCAUAAAGUUCUUGAAAGACCGCCUUUUGCUUAAAAUGUUUUUAUUUUGUAUAUAAAAAAUAUAUUUAUACACUUAGCUUGAACUUCAGUAUUUCAAUAGUGUUGUUGUUAGAUCUGACAGUUGAAUGUUUUGAAUUUUGACUCUUAUUUCCGUGAAUCAAGUAGAAUUUGAUCUCAGCUACAAAUGCGUUCUUCAUAUCAAAAAAGCUUACUAAUCGUGGCCCAAAACAUUGAUAAUCGCUUAAACUUAAUCGGCUACUGAUUUUAAGAGAUGAUUAAAUAAAAUUUCAUUGGGUUUAACCCUAUCCAUGAAAUACUGUUGUUUUGAUCAUUAUUAUGAUUUAUAGAUGAUGCCCUGCUAAAAUUCCCCUUCCUCGCAUUGCACACAUAACCAUAUGUUACUCUGAUAAUGACCGGCAUAUUUUGUUAAGGACUAGGAGAAAUUUUAAACCCUACUCUAUCCCAUCACCUCUGAGGAGAAUUUUUACAAAAUGAAUCAAAUACAAACAGCACUGUAAAAUAUAUGCUAAUAGUUUUCAAAUAUAACUUCAACAAAUUGUAAUGUGUAUAUUUGUAUUGUAUCACUAUGGAUAUAACAAAUCAUUAUCAAUAACUCUUUCCUUUUACUGUAGCACACAUAUUUAUGAUAUAUUAUUAACAGACCGUAAUCUUUGUGAAAUUAUGGACCAUGAAUAUAAUAACAGUAAUUAAAGAAAGUAUUUUUGACAUACAA